AUGUCAGAGUACGUUAUACUUUCUCUAGCAUUAAACUCUGUACCCGACAGUCUUUCAACGGUAUUUACAGUACAGAAGUUGCCCAUCUCCCCACAAAGCCCAGCAAACAAACUUUUCAAGGCUGGCAUUCAAUUGGCAGUAAAUUUACUGCAAUCGCCGGAGGCGGGACUUGGUCUCAGGGUAUCCAUCUCCAGAAUGGAAGACACCCUGCCAUGGGACUUGGCCAACUUUCUACGAUCUCCCAUUCCCGGAACCAUGGAGGGUAAUCUGAUAAUGGAUCAUAUCAUACCCACUAUCAGUCGCAUGUGCCAUCUGUUUCCAAUCAGUAUGGCCUCAAUGUUCUCCCCAUUAACAUUUUCAGAACAGCAAGUUGCUCAGGAGUUUGAUUGCACUGACAUUGCAUCCUCCAACAGAUUUUUUGACUCGGUGAUUUUUAACCUUAACCCGCUUAUCCUGCUCCAUCAGCUUGGCUAUGAGCUCCUUGCGCCAAUGUCAUCUUUCUUCCCUAGACCUUACAGCCCUCCUCUAUCAGAUUCACAAGACUAUCUGGAAUCCCCAGAAGAUGAUGGUGAAGAUGAACAUCUAACUGUUCAGCAAAAAGACGUGGAAAAGGAGAAAAUAGUCAUACACACCACCUAUGACCAAUUACUGUCUCAAAAUAAGCAAUUCCGAGCAGAGCAUAAUUGUCAAGCCAACAAUGUCUGGAUGGAGUGUGAACGAGAGCAUGUUGAGAAGGGCAACAGAAUUAAUGAUGUAGAUGAUUUGCAAUCAUAG